CACAGCAGCAAUCUGGAAGAAAUUACUCUUCUAAACAUCCAGACAUCCCCAGUUUCAGGAAAUUCCAAGCUGGGCCAGGGGAGGGGCCGGGCUGGGGGCGCGCCCCGUCUCCCCUCCCCAGCUCUGCGCUUGCGCGUGCUGGGUACCGCCAGAAGGCCCAUCCUGCCCCCCAAUCGGUCCAGAGAGGCCUCAGCUCGUCCUCUAAGCCGUAGAGACCAAGUUUUGAGGGUAAGGAAGGCGGGCUGGGGUGCGGCUUUACAACCAGAGGAGCAGAAGGCAGAGCCUGACCCAGCCAGACCCCGAGUCCACUGGGCCCGCGGGCCCUGCCCUGGCUGCGGGAGGAGAGAGGGGCUGACACUUCAGUUUCCGGGUGCAGGUGGGGUCGUCGAGGAAGGAGAGGGAGCCAGAGGUGGACGUGGAGGCCGCGAGGGGCCGGAGCGCAGCGGGGACCGAGAGAUGCCGGUGCUGAAGCAGCUGGGCCCCGCGCAGCCCAAGAAGCGCGGGGAGCGGGGCGCGCUGUCCAUCUCGGCGCCCCUGGGUGACUUCCGGCACACGCUGCACGUGGGGCGCGGCGGCGACGCCUUUGGGGACACCUCGUUCCUGAGCCGCCACGGGGGCGCGCCGUGCCCCGAGCCCCGCGCGCCCGCUGCGGGCGUCCCCUGCCCCGCGCCCCCUCCCGCUCAGGCGCAGCCGCGCUCGCCCGGGCUGCGCGCGUCCACCGACCCGUUGCUGUCCUUCCACCUAGACCUGGGCCCCUCCAUGCUGGACGCAGUGCUGGGCGUCAUGGACGCCGAGCGUGCGGAAGCCCCGGCCAAGCCUGACGGGGACGCGGGUCCUGGGACACCGCACCCCAGACCCUAUGGUUACACCAGCGCCGGCCUGGAGCUAGACGAGGUCCUCGGCCUGUAGCGCCCCGGCUCCCGCCCCGAGCCAGGUGUCCAGGGUGCGGGAAGGCACGGGGGAAGGCGGGAAGGCGCGGGUCCCAGCGCCACAGGGGCCACAGGCAAGUCCCCGGGCCCGGACCCAGGCGGGCGCCACCGGCGGACCUCCUGCCGCUUCUUUAACAGCGCCCGUCGAGGCCUUUCCCCGGGAUUUUCAUCCACCCAACACAGACCUGGUCCCGAGUGCUAACGCCUGGGUGUCACGGCCCUUGGCAUUAGGCGACCCGAGGACCCAGCGCCCGCGGACGCCCUUCCCUUGGACCGGUUGCGGGGGAAACGAGCUAGGGGAGGACUCAGCCGCAGGGGUGUGGCCUCCGGCGGGGAGGUCUUCAGCCUUGGAGACGCGAGACUGGAAGGUGGUGGUGGCAGCAUCCUCACCCGGGAACGAAGUCCAGCCUGAGUCCGCAGAGGUGCCAGUUAUUCAAUAGGCUGCGCGCGCAGAGAGCGCGGCCCGAGGGCGCGGCCCAGGGCGCGUAGCCAGGCUCACGGAGGGGCGGGGCCAGGCGCUGGCGCUAACCUUCCGGGGUAGGCUAAGAGUUUGGGUCCUACGGGUAGGCACGUGCUAAACCAGAGGCGGGGGUUGG